UCGCUCAAAACCAACCCUUUCCACCUUCUCUCAUCACCUCUGCGUAUCUUCUCCUACAAAACUAAAACCACUCAUUCAUUUAUUCUCCAUUUAGAUUUUGUCCUUCAAAAAAAAAAAAAAAGAACAAAAAAAAUCAAACAGCGAAAACAAAAAAAUAUCUGAGCCCUUACCUUACGAUCGGAAAGUUCGUUUUCCAGGCCUUGCAUGGUCUCCAACUUCUCUCAUCCAUGCAAACGACCAAGAACAGAAGGCCCGGAAUAACCCACUCUCCGGCGAACUCAACCACCCUCUCCUCCUCCGGGCAAUGUCUUCGCUGGAGUACGACCCGGCGCCGGUGGCGCCGCCGUACAACACCCCACCAGCGCUGAUCGCCUUCACGCUGGGUGUGCUGGUGGUGUGCUUCGUGGCGUUCAGCAUCGUUUACUUGUGCAAAUACUGUUUCUCCAGCGUGGUCCAAACCUGGGCCUUUCAACGCACCGCUUCGGGUUCCAUCAUUCGUCUCACGCCCCAUAGAUCUCCUCCGAGAGGCCUUGACCCUUCGUUGCUGGAGGUCUUCCCCACCUUCCCCUACUCCUCCGUGAAGGAGCUCCGGAAGGAUCAGAAGUACAGCUUGGAAUGCGCCAUCUGUUUGGUGGAGUUUGAGGAUGACAGCUUGCUCCGCCUCUUGACCCUCUGCUGCCAUGUCUUCCACCAGGACUGCAUCGACCUCUGGCUCUGCUCUCACAAAACCUGCCCCGUUUGUCGCCGAGACCUCGACCAACCUCUCAAACCCGGCGACGUCGUCGUUUCCUCGCACAGCGGCGAGAUACGCGUUGAUGUCAGAGAAGAAGAAGUUCCUCAACAUGUUUGUGAUGGCAACCACGAACAACAACAACAACAACAACAUCAACAUCAACAUGAACAACACGAACAACAUGAACCUGAACGUGGUCGUGGACUGGAACAUGACGAGGUGGUCGAUGAACACGAGGAACAGAUGUUUGUACGGUCGCAUUCCACGGGGCACUCCAUAGUUAUGAUUAGAGGGGAGGGGGUUGAUGAGGGAAAGGACUAUGAUGACAAGUACACGUUGAGAUUGCCGGAGCAUGUUUUGAGAGUGAACGGCAAGCAUAAUUCUUCGAGGAGCUGUGCGAGUUUUAAGGAUAUGACCAAGCUUGAUGCUCCUCCUGUACCUUGCAGUAAUUGUGGGUUUGUUCAACCCCCAUCACCCUGUUGCUCCUCCUCCCCAACUCAUACUCAGAGAUCUUGAACACUGCAUCUUAAAAUUUAGAGUUUUCUCUUCUGUUUGCUGCAUAUGUAAUCUGAGAUAGAAUGCGAUAGUUUGAGGUAAAUGGUUUGUUGUAGAGUAGAUAUAGGUACAUUGUGCAUUAUGGUAAGCCAUAUAUUUAUUGAGUUGGAAGGUUUUCAUGUGUUUCUGCUCUAUCUUUGACCAAAACUAGGAUGUCUGGUUUUUGCAAAGUUGGGAGCCAUUUCAGUGAAAUAACUUAACUUCCUCCAUGGAUAUGAAGGGAAACCAUACUGUUGUUUGUUUCACACUAUACCUUGUGAAAGUCUCGUCAUGGGUUCUUACAAUCUGUUAAAAUCUGUUAAUCUGUUUUAAAACAGUUUUUUUUGUUUUUCUAUUCUACAGUUACUUCUUUUUAUCUUCUCUGUAUAUAAGGAACUUCGUCCCUCUAAAACGAUAUCGAUCUGUAUCCGUCUUUCACUUACACCGGUAAUAAGAGAUCUUUUUCUAUGCUUUUGCUCUUUCUGAUCACCAUUCUGCUAUCACGUUCUUCUACCAAGUACCUUGCUGGUUUUCUUCCCUCUACGUUUUAGCUAUGAGGAACCAUGCAGUCUAAUAUGGUAUCAGAGCUCUUCGAUUGAAGAGCUCUGCUGCGCCCGGUUUGCUUACUCUGAUUCUUUCAUCUGUCUUGCUGUUCUUUCCUUUUUUUUCUUUCACGAUUUUAUCUUCCUUCUUUCAUCACUAUGACUAAAGAAGAGAUUUCUGAAAAAAUGUCUAUCACCAGUGAAAGUCAUCUUUACCUACAUCCUGGAGAAAGUCCAGCGAUUGCUCUUGUGUUGCCAGUAUUAGAUCCUGGAAAUUACCAUUCAUGGAGCUGGUCUAUGUUAACAGCUUUGAGUGCCAAGAACAAACUACAGUUCAUAAACGGGGUCGCUACAGAACCAGAAAAAGGUGAUCCUUCACAUAAUGCCUGGAUAAGAUGCAAUAAUAUGGUAGUUUCUUGGCUUGUGCACUCUGUUUCACCUCAAAUUAGGCAAUCUAUUCUGUGGAUUGAGAAUGCUGAAGAAAUAUGGAAAGAUCUCAAGGUUCGGUUCUUUCAAGAUGAUCUACUCCGCAUUUCGACCUUUAAUCAGACGCGUCACAGUUAAAACAAGGGGACCAAACUGUUAGUGAUUAUUUCACAAAAUUAAGGGUCAUCUGGGAUGAACUUGAGAACUUUCGUCCGGAUCCCAUUUGUAGCUGCAAAGACCUUUGCAAGGUUUCAAAAUUAGUCAUCCAGAGGAAAUCUGAGGAUCGUGCGAUGCAGUUUCUGAGAGGCUUGAAUGAGCAGUACGGUAAUAUCAAAUCUCACGUUCUAUUAAUGGAUCCUUUACCUCCUAUUUCGAAAAUUUUUUCCUAUGUGAUGUAGCAAGAAAGACAAUUGCUCGGGAAUCAUAUGAUUGGUAAUCAAGAGAAUAAAAUUGUGGCCGCUGCAAAUAAUUCAGCAACCACAUGCUCCUUUUGCGGGAAAAGCGGUCAUGUUGAAUCCGUUUGUUACAAAAAGAAUGGGUUUCCUAAUAAUAAAGGGGGAAAGCGUGUCUGCACCCAUUGUGGUAAAAAUGGCCACAUUGUGGAUGUUUGUUAUAGGAAGCAUGGAUUCCCACCUACCGGUCAUAAAACCUUCACUACUAAAGCCAAAUCCAACGAACCCAAGAAUGAUGAAGAUGACCAGGAGGUGAAAUUUACUCAACAACAGUAUCAAGCUUUGAUGGCUUUAAUCAAACCUGAGGGUGAUUCUGACAACACCACUCAUAAACAAAGUCACGUUGAUGGGAAGCUUUGUCCAAAAAUCCAGAUUAAUGAGUGACCCGAAAUAGCAAGGAGAAGAAGGAAAAUGUCAACAGGAAGCGCUUGGCGACACGAAGCAAGCGCCAGGCGGAACAGACCGCCAGUCAAGCGCCAACCAAGCGCCAGACAGGCGCCUCUGUUACGAACCGCCUGGCGGUAACUGGACACCGCCGGGCGGUAGCGGCAAGACUUGCCCCCUGUUUGGUGGCUUGCGCCUGGCGGUGAGACCCUUCCGCCAGGCGCCUGUUUUCGCUGAUGUGUCAAGUGACCCUUUUUCUUCUGUUUUCGCGGAAGGAAACUUAUCUUUGGCAUUUUGGAGGCACGAAGAACACAUUUUGGAGAGCUUGGAGGAGUGCUAGGGCUUGUGGGAAC